UUGUAUCAAUGGGAGGGCUAAAGUAAAUUAAUAAUAUGAUUGAUACGUGUUAUUUUCUUUAAUAUGAAAUAUACAUUUAAAAUUCAAUUGAUAUUAUGUAUGUAUAAAAAUAAUCAAUGUUUUAUGUAAAUUUUUCGUAGGUGGGUUUUUAUUUGCAGCGUCAUUCUAUUAAACUUGAAUAAACUGCUAUUUGACAAAUGUCAUCCAUCUGUCACAUUACAUUAGACACCACAGACAGAAGCGCAUCGCUCGGCACUGUACAACCUGUGUUAGAAUUUUCGUUGUAAACAAUCAAUUUUCUUUAUUUGUUUUGGCUUAUUACCGCAUUAACAUAAUAAAUGAAGAUGAAUGCUACCAGUCUAUACGUUUCUACGUGCCGUCUUAUAAUACUAGCCGACGCGGCGGAUAAGUCUUCGUGGACGGAUUUAUUUCGUUUAGUUCCAUAUUUGCGGCAAUCUUUGUCCUGUACAGUUUGCGGUAAUUUGCUUAAAGAACCUUACACGCCGACCAGUUCGGGGUGUCAGCAUCACGUGUGUAAAAAGUGUAAAGGCGGGAGAAAGAAAUUAAAACCGUCUUGUAGUUGGUGUAAGGAUUACGAUAAUUAUGCAGAAAAUUUGCAGUUACGGAUUCUGCUACAGUGUUACAAGAAGUUGUGUGAAUAUUUUAUGGGUACCGACGUUUACAAGAGUCUAUUGGAGGAGGACGAAGUGGCGGCAGGCGUGAAUGGCGGUACGGUAGCAAGUUCGGGGCUUAUCGACUUGAUACAAGAGGGUGCGGGUUUUGCCGAUGACUACAAGAGCACGGCGGGCUUGUCUAAAUCUGCCUACAGCAUCCUUCCGUGUGUCUACACAAACUCUGCUUCCACACAAACACAGGCAGCCUCCACAUCUAGUAAUACCGAAACAAGAUCCUCCAGUAAAGACUCCCCAAAUUCAAGAGCAAUGUCCAACGGUUCUCCUCUUUACUCUGUAAUGUAUGCUGGCUCUGGCAACAAAAUUACUAUUAAGAGAAAAGCAGUUGAUGAAACAGAUUCAUCUUCACCAAGUGAACCAGCCCCUAGGGAAAGUAAGUCAAAUCAAUUAGGAUUUAAGAAGCCCUCAAACCGCACCCGUAGUUCAGCAAGUAGCAAACGGAAAGGUUGCAGAUGUGGCAACGCAACGGCUACGCCUGGCAAACUAACAUGCUGUGGGCAGAGGUGUCCGUGCUAUGUGGAGAGCAAGCCAUGCACGGAGUGCAAGUGUAAAGGUUGCCGGAACCCGCAUAGGCCAGACGGGAUGAAGGUCAGACCACACAUACCUCAGUUAGACACACUACAGUUGAACAUGAACUCUGACAGCUCGCCCUCCUGCUCCGGAUCUAUGGACAGUCUGGACCCCGAUACCCUCACAAUGGAAGCCAUGGAGGAGAGCCUCAAUUUCAACACGGACCUCAAACCAUCUGAUAUUAACGUAUACACAAGUCAAUUGCAAGAAGUAUCAGCGUCGUUACCGGCGACGAUAAUGAUGGACGAGGAGCUGCCCGCGUCGCCGUCGCCGGACGCGGACGCGGACGAGGCGAGCUCGCCGCCCGACUACGCCGUGACGCCCGACAGCCACGGCUCGCCGCGCUCCGAGCCCGAGCCCGAGCCCGAGCCCGAGCCCGAGCCCGAGCCCGCGCUGGACGCCAGCAGCGACGUCGAGGUCGACGUAUGACAUCCGCUGUCCGCCGAGUGCGAUUAGGACUUGCUCCCCCGUGUACUUGUGUGCGCGCUCAGACGCUUGCUGCUGAUCUCGGAGGCGUUUGUGAUGGUCACGUUGUUCGCGAGCGUUUGGGAUUGGUGAUUGAAAGUACAGAUUCGUUGGAAUGAUAUACAUAAAUGAAGGACAUAAUAAUUUUUGUUCUAUUUAAAAACAACUUUUUAACUCCAGCAUGUGCCAUAUUUUAGUGUUUUCUUAAAAAUAUAAUAAGCCAAAAUAUUUAAUUCUUUGUAAAAUAGCUAUUUUAACUAAAAUAUGUUGCAUCUUGACGUUAAUAAGUAGUUUUUAGUAUAAAACAUUUACGAAUGAACUAUGUCAGCAGUGUACUCUUAACCCUCUCCCAAAUGUCCGUGAUGUGGCACAUGUUCAUCUGCAGGCACACAGAAAGCGGCAAUGCUGUGACGUACAAACUGUAGACAGAAACGUGGCGUACGAGUAUUGUGUAUUUCACGCAAGUACCUACUUCUUUCACUGUGACAUAAGAUAAUUAUUGAAAAUAAGUUUAUAGGGGAGACACUUGUUCAGUCAGAAUAAAUUUUUAAUAUUGGUGUGAAAUUUAAUUCAGAAGAAACAGAAGAUUUUCAUGUUAUGUCAAAUUCAAGUUACAUUAAGCUGUAAGAAUCAAAAUUGAAAAUAUUCUGCUACUUUUGAGUUAAUUUGUAUGUAUUUAUGUGUCCAGUGUGACAGAUUGCUGAUUUUUUAAUGCUAUUGACUGAAAUCUGAAAUGAGAAAUGUGCAAAAUCGUACAAAAAUCACGAUAAUCUAUUAAUAACAGUUAUUCCGUGACAUACGGAAUAAGAUCAUAAUAUAUAUUCCUAUUCGCUAUUAUUAUUUCAACAUAGAGCAGUUAGAAUUUAUUUUUUGUUAUUGAUAUUUAUAUAAGUUUGAUUGAAUGUAGCCACGCCAAUAAAAGUAACUAACUCAAACGAGACGUUAUCAACCAACGAGAGGUAUACACUAGCUGUAAAACAUUACAAAUCUAAAUGAAUGCUUUUAAAAAUUGACCGUUAAAAACCAUCACUUAAAAGUCCAUUCAACCGGUUAAAAUGAGGAAACAAAAGUAUAACUUCGAUCAUUUUACAUCGAGUGUGAAUAGACAACUUUUAGGUAAACAUGCUCCUUUCUAGACUGCAUCGGCACUUAUUAUCAGGUGAGAUUGUGAUCAAAUCCUUAACUUUUUCUUUAAAAAAAAAUAGACGUCGGCAACAGUCAAUUUACACUUCUUUACUCUUGAUUCGACAGUAUACCGACAUGAUGAGUGAGUUUACUAGUUUUUGUAAGUGAAAAUUCACACAAAUCAUAAAAUUGCAUUAAAAUUAUUGUUGCCUGUCCUCGUUGGCCCACCUAUGUAGUGUUACUAAUUUUCAUACAAAGAUGCUGCCAACUUCAUUCAAAUCUGUAUAGUAUUUAAGCGAAUCUUUAGUUCCAAUAGUAAGUUGUAAAUACUUAUAUGUAAGUAGUCACCCUGUUUGGUAUAACCAGCUUUAGCUGUUGCAUUGAUUGUGUGUAACUUGUUAUGUCCACUUCGGCUCUUAUAAAAUUUUGUAAUAUUUCUUAAUGAAUUUAAUAAUGUAUAAUUAAAGAUUAUUCCAAUAUAUUGAAUAUUAUAGUUAAUUCAACAUUUUGUGUCGUUAUAACCAUAAGCGUGGUAAUGAUUUUAUAACAUUAUACCUCAUUUCCGUGGACAAAUUUUUUAUGCAAUUGAGCAUUAUAGGCAUUUAGGAUUGAUAUAUCUAGGUACCAUCCAACUUACGGGAGUCUUAUAGGUUGGAUUGCAUACAUUCAGUCCUGUCAUGGGACCACGUAUCGUCACCCUAGUUCACUACUGUACUAAUUACGCGCAAAAUUUGGUCGCAUUAUAGACCUUUUGUUUGCGCAUUAUGGUACUAAUUGCAACAAAAUUUUCGCCGUAGGUAGUAUGAUUGUGAACUAGGGUGACGAUAUAUUAAAGACACCAACGAAAUACCUACGAAAUUGACUAUGGAAAUGAGUGAUGUGUAUGUAAAUGUUACUAUUUGCAAUAGAUGAUUCUAUUAUCUUUUAUUAGAAAUUUAUAGAUUAUUUUCAAUAGCUUUGCAAAGUUUCUUACGUAGGUAUUAUGGAACCUUAAGACAUAUUUUCUUACGUUUGUAUGUGAUGUGUAGUUGCUAUGCGGUUGGCUGUAAGCUAAAGUUCAUCAUCAAACAGAAAAUAAUUGUACUAUACGAGUUUUCUAAGUGAAAAAGAAAAUGGGGAUUGGGUAGUCACUCAUUGUUAGGUUACACUAUUUGACUAUCAAAUUUCAGAUAAUUUUACUUAUAAAUAAUCUUAAGAUAUUAUCUGUACCUAUGUUUCUAUCGUAGCCAGAUUGUAGACUUGACCAUUUUAUGGCCUGUCAUAAAAUUGGAGUAUCCACCAUCUCGUGAAAUGGCCAAUUCUACGAGCUACAUGACAAUUUUGUAAAUGAAUUUUACUGUGGUAAAAGAACCUACUGGAAUGUCAGAGGCGCAUCACCUUCUAUAGCUUGUUUAACGACUUCAAAUUAAAAUAAACACAUCUAUGAUAGGUAAUGUGUGGAAGGCGCCACAUCUGGAUUACCUAUACCUACAUUUCCCGCAUUUUUCUUGUGAUACAUUGCUAGCCAGACUACAUUUUAUAAUAGUUGCCAUUCCAGCGUUUGUUCGUUUAGGAGAAUGUGCGAUGUGGUAGAUUCUGUCAUUUUUUUUGUUCAUAGCCGGACUAACCGACUUUUCCAUGCCUGAGACCAAAGUGCACGUCUUUUGGUUAGAUGCACCGUAUUAUAGGAACUGUGAUAACGCGUCACAUCUAGUGAGAUAGAGCCGUAAAUAAUGUUUUCAACAUUGAAAUAUUAUCCUUGUACACUUAAAUUAGUUGUGACGUCCCUAAAUUAGGUUAUUACUUGUAGAUAUUUUAGCGAUACAAACGUUAGCGGGAGAACUCUUAUGGGACUAUUUAAAAUCCUUGGGACUAAACCAAUCCUUUAAUAUAAAAAUCCUUGGGACUCUAUAUUGUUCUACCAAUCAUCGUCAAAGUUAUAGCAAGUAUUUUAUACCAUUAUGUCCGUUGUGUAAACAUUACGAUUGUAAGUAUAAAAUGAAUUGACUCAUAUGAUUUUUCAAAUUCCAAGUAUGCAUACUUCUUUGGCUUUUGAAUAGUUGUACGUGUCGGUACGUGUUUUUAGGGUUCCGUAGCCAAAUGGCAAACACGGAACCCUUAUAGAUUCGUCAUGUCCGUCUGUCUGUCCGAUUAUGUCACAGCCACUUUUUUUCGAAACUAUAAGAGCUAUACUGUUCAAACUUGGUAAGUAGAUCAUCGAUGUAGAAGUAGAUGUAUUUAAUGAACCGCAUUAAGAUUUUUACACAAAAAUAGAAAAAAAAACAAUAAAUUUUGGGGGUUCCCCAUACUUAGAACUGAAACUCAAAAAAUCUUUUUUCAUCAAACCCAUACGUGUGGGGUAUCUAUGGAUAGGUCUUUAAAAAUGAUAUUGAGGUUUCUAAUAUCAUUUUUUUCUAAACUGAAUAGUUUGCGCGAGAGACACUUCCAAAGUGGUAAAAUUUGUCCCCCCCCCCCCCCCCCCGUAACUUCUAAAAUAACAGAAUGAAAAAUCUAAUAAAAUAUAUGAUAUACACUGCCAUGCAAACUUCCUCCGAAAAUUGGUUUGAACGAGAUCUAGUAAGUAGUUUUUUUUAAUACGUCAUAAAAUAAAAUAAAAAAAAAUUCAUCAAACCCAUACGUGUGGGUUAUCUAUGGAUAGGUAUUCAAAAAUGAUAUUUAGAACUGAAACUCAAAAAAUCUUUUUUCAUCAAACCCAUACGUGUGGGGUAUCUAUGGAUAGGUCUUUAAAAAUGAUAUUGAGGUUUCUAAUAUAAUUUUUUUCUAAACAGAAUAGGUUGCGCGAGAGACUCUUCCAAAGUGAAAAAAUGUGUCCCCCCCCCCCCUGUAACUUCUAAAAUAACAGAAUGAAAAAUCAAAAAAAUAUAUAUGAUAUACAUUACCAUGCAAACUUCCACCGAAAAUUGGUUUGAACGAGAUCUAGUAAGUAGUUUUUUUUAAUACGUCAUAAAUGGUACGGAACCCUUCAUGGGCGAGUCAGACUCGCACUUGGCCGCUUUUUUUAAAAAUAUUGAGCCAAUAUUGGAAAUAUGAGAAUGUGAUCAAUCCCGAAUAAGGAAUGUCUAUAUUAUUUUUUUAUUAAUUUAUUGCAAAACGUAUGAAUUAUUUUAUAAACCAAGUUUGUAACAUGUCACUAAAUAGACACUAUACUGCUGUAAAUGACGAACUUCAAGCUUAAAGCCCAGUAUGAAUAUAUCAAUGUUGGAAAUCGUAUAAUGUAUAUAUGAUGUAAUACAGCACUCAAGUACAAAGAAAAUGAUGUAGAGAUAGUAAGAUAAAAUUCUCAAUAAUUUUCACAUUUUCUUACCAUUAUUAUCUCGUCAUUAGGGAAAUAAAAGAAAAUCUAAAUAUUUUGUGUUAA